GGAGGAAGGAGUAGUAGAAGUUAGAACCGAACGACACAUUCUUAAAUGCAGGGAAGGAGGGGUGGCUUCUCCUCCUGCAACGGUACAAGAGCCAACGCCAGCGCCAGCACCACCAUCACUUCCCCACUCCUCCACUAGCCACUGCCCCUCCCCCUCCCACACCCACACACACACACACACGCUCUCUUCCUCCUCCCUCUGCCUCCAUUCUCCCAUAGAAAGCUUGCGCAGCAGUGGUGGCUCUGCAGAGAUGACCAAGGAUGAGGACUUCAAGCUGGUCAAGAUCCAGACCCAUGUCCUGAGGGUGAACAUACACUGCGACGGCUGCAAGCACAAGGUCAAGAAGCUGCUCCAGAAGAUCGAAGGCGUCUACUCGGUGGCCAUCGAUGUGGACAACCACAAGGUCACGGUGACUGGCAGCGUCGACUCUGAGACGCUCAUCCGGAAGCUCACCAGAGGGGGCAAGCACGCAGAGCUGUGGUCACACCAGAAGGGCGGCAGCGGCAACAACAACCAGGGCCACAAGGGCAAUGGCAACAACAACAACAACCAGCAGAAGCAGCAGCAGCAGCAGCAGCAGCAGCAGCAGAAGCAGGCUGCCAAUGUGAGCAAGGAUGGCGGCGGCAAGGGCAGCGGCGGGCAGAAGGAGCAGGGCAAGCUUGGUGGCGGAGUUGGGAGCCUCAUGCAGGGGCUCAAGGCCUUCAAGAGCCAGCACAGCAAGCACCAGCUCCCUGACCUGAGCUCGGAUGACGAAGAUGAUAUGUAUGAUGAUGAGGACGACGAAGACGAUGAUGAGUUUGACGAUGAGUAUGAGGACGACCUCCGCUUCCUCGGGGACAAGAUGAGCCAGCUCGGCAUCCUCAGGCAGCGCGCCGAGGCUGCGGCGGCGAUCAACGCCAAGAACAAGAACGGCGGCAAUGCCGCCAAUGUCGGCGGCAAGAAAGGCGCCCCAGCAGGGAACAACCACCAUCAGAACAACCAGAACCAGAAGAUGAACAUGGGCGCGGCGGCAGGGAAUGCCAAGAUGGGGAAUGGCGCUCAGAAGAACACUGGCGGCAUCGGUGGCCUGAUGGGCCUGAACCAUGGCCUGGGAGCUGGCGGUGCUGCUCCUGGCAUACAGGGCUACACAGGCGGCGGCUUCAGCCACCCUUCCUCCUACGGUGCCGCCGGCUACGGAGGGCUCCAGCAGCAGCAGCAGAACGGCAACCUGAUGGCGAGCAUGCAGGGGUACCACAACAACCCGGCGGCGGCCGCGGCGAUGAUGAACAACCUGAGGGGCAACAUGAUGAUGCACCAGCCGCAGCCGCAGCCGCAGAUGAUGUACCACCGGUCUCCGCAGAUCAGCCCUUACACGGCCUACUACAACCCAUACAGCUACUACUACCAGCAGCCCGGCGGCGGCGGCGGCGGCGGCUCCUCCGCCUACCACCCCGGCGGCGGCACCGGCGACGUCGAGACCAUGUUCAGCGACGAGAACACCAAGGGCUGUGCCAUCAUGUAGUAGGAUUGUAGUUAGCGGUGUCAAGAGUCACAAUGUAGAGCUUGGGCGAUGAGGAGUGGUAGCGGUGAAUGGUGAUGCAGUCGUACUAUGUUUUUUUCCACUAGUAUUUUGCUGCCUUUAUGUUUUUCUCCUGUAUCAAGAAUGAAUGAAUCAUGGGUGUUGACUUGGGAUGAUGCGCUGUUUGAAACUGAAUGAAGGCAGUGGUGGCACUUCA